CCGCGCAGCACGCAGUGUGCGUGGCGCGGUGGCUGUGUGAAGGUGUGUGGUACGUGUGCUCCAGCGAGAACCAGUCACUGAGAUUGAGCAAGAGUUCGUGAAUGAAUGAAACGUGCUAAUAAACUAAAGGACAAGAACGAGAAGAACACAAUUUAACCCGAUACAUCUUCAAGUCUGACGUUUCUGCCAUCAGCAAACACCACUUCACCAAACACCGUCCAUCCAGCCCAUCCCUCCAGCGCCUCAGCCUCAGCGCCGCCCUUUCUGCAGGUGUUGCUCGCAGCCGCCCCGCCAGCCUUCGAGAUGACUAUCAUGAGGGAAGAGGACCUCGAAAUUGCCAUCAAGGUGGUAAUAGUGGGGAACGGCGCCGUGGGGAAGUCGUCCAUGAUACAGCGGUACUGCAAAGGAACCUUCACUAAGGAAUACAAGAAGACCAUCGGUGUGGACUUCCUGGAGCGGCAGAUCACGACGGGCGGCGAGGAGGUGCGCCUGAUGCUCUGGGACACAGCCGGCCAGGAGGAGUUCGACGCUAUCACCAAGGCUUACUACCGCGGCGCCCAGGCAUGUGUGGUCGCCUUCUCCACCACUGACCGCGACUCAUUCUCUGCCGUCAGGAAGUGGAAGAAGAAGGUGGAGGACGAGUGUGGCAGCAUACCCAUGGUGCUGGUGCAGAACAAGAUCGACCUUAUUGAUCAAGCCACUGUCAAGCCAGAUGAGGUGGAGUCCUUGGCGCGUGAGAUGAGGAUGCGCCUGUACCGGACAUCAGUCAAGGAGGACCUCAACGUAGAGCAGGUGUUCAACUUCCUGGUGGAGCGGUACCUAGCCAUCAUCAGCCACCCCGAUGACGUGUAUAGCCCCAAGACCGUCGGCGAGAACAUCUUCGGGAACCCUGCCAAGUUGAAGAAGGGAGACACAAUUACUCUUAGUGGGAAGAAGAAGUCCAGUAAGAAACAGUUAAUUAAAAAUGCCUGUAAAGUAAUAUAGAGUCUUAAUAUUAUAUGGAGUCACCCUUUAUUGGUAAGGUAUACACUGUUCUGACAGCUGUGUGGAGCAUUAUGACCCAGCAGGCUGCUAUUUAAAGGCACACUGGGAGCUGGGCAAGGCCAGGCUCUCUGCUUUGUUCCACCACUGACUGAGGCUGGACAUGGGCAGGUCUCAGAGAAAUAUCUGUGCACUGCUUCAAGGAAUGUAUAAAGUGAUGCUAUACAGUAAUCCCUGAAGCCUAUACACAUAUAGAUAUAUAUAUACAUAAGGUUCAUCUUAUAUACACUUUAUAUUACAAUAUGAAUGAUGUAUGUGUGUGUAUGUGUGAGUGUAUAUAGCAAAUACAUGUGGCAAAGUUUUCACAAAGUGAUGUGUUGAUUGCCCAAUACAGUCUUGCAUCCACAGUGAGGCGUUGUUUUAUAUUGAUGAGAUUAAACUCCCUUGUACAAUGUGGUGCUCUUGUGUCUAGCGAGCAGUGGCCUCAUAGGGUGUGUGAGCACUGUCUUGGGUCCGUUACUGGCAAACAGAGUCACACAGUGAGUGUAUGUAAGGGACUCAUUCUUCACCAUGCUGCCAUGUUAAUCUCUUGGUUCCUGGGUAUGUCAUUGCUUUCUUGAAAAAAAUUCUUGCUUUGGAACUGAGCUAAACUAAACAUGAAUUACUGCUGCUGAAUUAUCUGUUUUCCUCGAUGUGUAAUCAAGAUUUGCACUUAAAAUAAUUGCUUCAAUAACAUCAAACCAGUGAUUUCCUUGUAAUGUGAACAUAGUAUUUAUGUUUUGAGUAAAUCUUUACAAUGUGUGCAGGAUAACUGUAUGUGAGUACAUUUCUAAGACAUGUGUAGUACCUCUACACUGUGUUGUGGGAAGUGUUGUGAAUCAAAGGUGAGGGCAAUGCUUCCUUCUGUUAAUUAUACCCAGGGAGUGGCAGUCAUGUAAACUGUUUCCUUUUGAUUUGUGAUGAUGAGUUUCAAUGGUUGAAGAACUGUUGGCUGGAAGAUUCUCCAUUCCAUGUGCCACAAAUAUCUAUAUGAUUUGUAGCCAUUAAGAUCCAGUUCAGUUUUGCUGUAGAAUCUUGGUUGCAGUGGCAGCUGCUGAGCACUGUUGACUCACUGCCAGAAAUGGAGUGUGGAAGUGUGAGAAUGUAAGGAAGAUGUAGAGUAAUGUUUUGUAUGACUAUGACCUUUAAGGAGCUCACAUUAGCCUGUGAUUUGAUGUUUGAGUCACUAUUAUUACUGGUAUAUCAGAAUUAUAAGGAAUUUACUGUUGUCUUGCAUCUGUUACGAAAUAGUCAACAGUAAUGAGAAUAUUCAAUGCUUUUGCUAAAACUUCAAAAAGUAUCUUAAUUCCCUUUAUGUGGAACCAUCAUCAACUUGUACAUUAGUGAUACUUGGUGAGCUCACAGCUACUCUGUAAAUAAGUCAAAAUCUAUAGUUAGUCAUUAACUUGUAAGUAGCUUCAGCUUAAGGUUUUACUAAUGUCCUUGUAAUUAAUUAAAUAGUCAGUGGCAUGUAUGAAUUAGUGGAAGCUGCCUGAGAAUGCUUGUGCCUUCCCUUGCUGUGGCAGUUUUUUUAAUCACAAAUUCAAUCAUGUGGAUUGAAGUAGUUUAACAUCUAUGGAAGACCUAUGGACUAAUGAACUGUGGCUCUGAAUACAUCAGAGUCUUGUGUUGCUGGAUCACAACACAGACACAAUGCACCGUCUACUCAGCACUGUCCACUAUUGCCCAUUAAAGAUCACAUCUCGCCAAGUGUUGGUUCAAGGCGAGUCAAGCAAGUAAAUACAUUUUUAUGUGGAACUUAUUAGAGCAUGAGCAUGACUGUGUUUUCAUGUGUGUUGGGAGUGCAUAAGCUGGUACUUUAGUUCCUUCACAAGGUCUGAGUGAAUUUCAAGUUUGCUAAGGAAAUGGAAUGGAGAGUUGCAAGGUUGGGAGUGACCACAUUAGUUAUUUGAUAUUUAGAUUAAUUCCACCUAUGUAUUUUGCAUUCAUGUAAUGGUCCCCAUACAAGGUUUAGUAGAUAAUAAGUAAAAAAUGUUUCCUGCAUAUUGCCACACCAUUGUCAAAUGUGCACAUCACAUAUUGUCAGAGCUGAUUUACAAAAAAAAUAUAUUAUUUUUUGUAAGACAGCAUGUUAUCUUGACUUUCUAUAAGAUGCAGUCCUGUGUCAAUCGAACACUGAUUCAUGAACAACUGGUCCUAAUUACACAAGUCUGUUUGGUUCCUGUACCAUCACCCACAACACAUUGGUGCACAACAAAAGCCAUCAUAACUUUGAUUUACAGUGGAAUUAAUAAUAUUAACUAUGUUAAUGCUAGGUCAGGUGAAAAUAAUUUGUGUAAUCUCAAAUUCAUCUAAUAUUGGAUUAUGUUCCAUUCAUUAAUUUGCAAAUUUUGUUAGGUGAAGUAAUUUCCAUGGAAUGUCAACUGAGUAGCAUAUAUGCAGUGGCUGUUGUGAGUUAACCUUAUUCAAUACAAAAGUUUGUGUUUUACAAAAUUCUAAACAAAUUCCUUCAUCUUUAUUUUCAAUACAUCAUAAGUUUGUAUGGUUCAUGGAUCUGUUGGGAGGUGUGUGGUCAUUCCGCAUGAUGAAAAUUUACCUACGUCCUUACCACUAACAUAUCAAAAAGCCUUAAUGUUAAUGCAUGCAUGCAGUUUACACCAUGUACAUAUUAUCUAGGUCAUAGAGAGAGAUACCUCUGUUAUGUGUAAACAAGGAGAUGGAUGGGAGAAAGGAAGGUAUCUCCUACUUGACACACCAACCCCACACUGGAUUCACGGGACCAACAGAGAGUGACAUCUGGAGAGCUCUGGGAAAGUCUAGAGUGUUUUUUUAUUAUCUAUCAAUAGAGAAAGGAGACCAUGACACAAACCAUUCACCAGAAUUAUUAUCCUGAAUUAAAAUUGAUAUAGAAAUUCUCUCCUCCUUAAAGUUGUUGGUAUGCCUCUUAUGACUAGACUUGGGCAACAUUUAGCAUAGGAAAAAAUGCUUAUGAAAAUAAGUGAUUUGUUUUAGUGGCUUUAACGUCUAGAGGCAAACAGAAGCUACAGUGUCUUUCAGCUAAUAUCUGUGUGUGCAACUAUCUGAAAUUCGUAAAGAAGUAGACACAGGACUGUUAAGUAGCUUGCAGAGGUCCAGCAGGUAUGAAAAUCAAAGAAAUGCUUGCUUUCCCAUGAUGAGCACUGCCUUACUUACAAUUGAGUCAUUGAAGAGUGUACAUCCUGGUGUCAUGGAAAGGUGUUGCUUGGCUGCACUGUGAAUACAAAUAUUUAAUGUGUAAGUACAAUGCUAGACUCCUUUUAUAGAUCUAUUUGAUGUACAUGUUAUAUACAUAAAGUAAUUGCUGAUAUUUGUAGCAGGGCAUGCCAUGCUGUACAUAGAUUGUGUUAGUAAUAUCAUCAUGCACUAACUACUACAAGCCACUCAGUGAAAUUUGUCAUCACAAAUACAAUGCAACAUGUACCUGUAAAUAGGACCAAGAUGACACACACUAUACGUAACAGCUGUUCAAAAAGCUUUCAUGCAGUUUGAAGUGACUUAUGUGAGUAUGAAUCAACCAAUUAUUCAGGCUUUGUACCUUUAUAUGCUUUAAGUUUUUAUGCACCUAGAAUUUAUAAAGAAUUAUGUAGAUUGAUAAACUGAAUUGUGUGGAGAUGAACAUCAGGAGAUGGAAUGUGAUUACAAGUCCGUGAUUUGGUAAAUUUGUGUUGUGAUGUUUCUUUUAAGUUUUUCUCUGUUUAUCUUUCCAGUGUUGGUCUUCCCUCGAGGGGUAGUCAUGGUAGGAGAUUCAAUCUUUUCAUGUGCCAGCAUUUCUUAAUUACAUGUUUUAUUUUGAGUCUUGCCAUUUGUUUCUCUCCCUCCAUUACUCACCUUCCUUUCACAUUUUGUCCCUCACUUUCAGACAUGCACUCUUCUCAUAGUCUCACUCAUUUUUACCUCAUCUUACCCACCCAUUCAUUCUGCAAUGUGUUCCUUCUGUUAAGUGGCUCAUCCCAUGGUUCUUGUAUACAUCCAUAUUGCUCUCUCUGUCUCACCUCACUAGCUGUCUUGCUUCUAUAUAACCUGGUUCAAUGGGUUCCUUACAUGCAAGUUUUAUGAUGCUAAUGUCAGAUCUGGUAGGAUUAUAUUGUUUCUUAUACUCAUGUUAUUUCACAUACAUUCCUAUUAAUUCAUGUAUGAAAACUAAGAGGGGUAUCAUUCCUGAAUAUCUUGAAAUCUGUGUGAGUUUGAGCCACAAUCAUGACUAGAAACACAAUUCUGUAGGUGAAUAUUAUAGCAAGUUGUAAGUUGAUAAGCAUGCACUUGUAAUGACUGCAAAAUGUGACAAGCACCGCAAUAUUUUAAGCAACUGCAACACAAGACUGUUGUAUUUGCACAUGACAAAUAGAUUGCAUUCAUAAUAUGUAGAAAGAUAUACCCAGCUAUUCAAUGAUAAUGAUCUAACUCUCAUAUUAAGUAUGAAUGGUGCACAGUCUGUGCCCAACCCUCGCAGUGGCUGGGGAUGAUGUGUCCUUGUCUUACUGUGUGGGUGCCUUGUGCUUGUCCUCAUGCAGCUUGAGAAAGGUGGUCAAGGAAACCUUAUGUAAGGAGCACUGUGAUCUUUAUUUUACUCUGAAAACUUUCCUCAGCAAGUGACUGAGGCAACCAUAGGAUGUGUUAUGGUAUGAAGGUUUUUCUCAUGAUAUUGUUGUGUAAUCCAGCAAGCAGUCAUCAGACUUAAUUAAGAGAACAAGUAGCUGUAGUGAAGAAAACAUACUGAAUGCUACAGGUGAAAAUUUGGAAUUGAUAGUGUAGUGUGCCAUAAUUUUGUAGAAUGUCUCUUAUUUUCUUGAAUUAAAGGCCAAUCAUAUUCCAUAGGGAAAGGAAAGAACUUGUAAGUCAUUCUAAGUAUAGUGUACUAUGAUUCAGAGAUUUUGUUUUUGUCUUCAAAAUACCUAUCAAGUAAAACAAUGUAGAGGAGAUUGAUACAUUUAAACCCCUCAAACCCCUCAACCUCCUGGUGGUUUGUGCAACAAUGGACAGGUGUUGUGAACUGCCAUGGGGGAGCCACCUGAUGCUCUCCUCACUCCUGUUCUGAGUCUGUCAAGGAGAGCUGGACACAUCCACAGACAGUUGGUGCUUGGCUGGAGGACCUCUUCAUGGUGGAGGUUCAUAAGUAACAUCAACUUUGUGAUGUAUUCUUUAGGAUAGCAUUUCUACAGUGCCCUGCCCUGUGGAAGACACAGUGAUAUGUAUUCCUGCCUAUAUAAUUGUACAUAUUGUAUUUUCUGUAUAUGUAUUAUUCAUUACUACCAUCACAAUAUUAAUGUUUCAAUAAAAUGUGUGUAAAGUUUAAA